UAGCGCCAGGGAAAACAUUUGACAUUGACAUUACAGAUUUAUAAACCAUUGAAGUUUUUUGAUUCAUAUUAUUAAUUGGUAAUAAACAUAUUCUAAAUGGCGGCGAAAAAGAUUAGAUUAAAAUGUGAUACAGUGCAAGAAAAGCGAUGCUUUUACGGUGGAAAUCAAGAAUAAGGUUUGGGCAAAGAUUAAGGACGAACACAAUAGCAGAACCGCUUCUUCAUUUCGUGAUGAAAAAAUGUUUCGUACAAAGUAUUAUAAUUUGAAAAAAGAUUUAAAGAAAAAAGUAGCAGCCGAAAAAAGAAGUUGCAUUGCAACAGGAGGCGGACCACCAUUGAAAAUUAGCACCAAUGAUAUUGAUGCGAUGUUAACAUCAAUAAUGGGAUCGGAGCAGUUAGAAGGAAUGGAAUCUGUUUACGAUUGGUAUAAUCAAUUUGUACAAAACAAGCAGGACGCUGUUGACGUUGACAAUGAUAAGACCGUAAACAACAUGAAUAUUGGGCAUUCUCAGGAUGGUAGCGAGGUUUUAGAUGAAAACGUAGACAUCAGCAUAACAGCAAACAAAACAACUACUUCAAAAAAUUGGAGUACAUACACGCCUGCAAAUUUAAAAACUCCUAAAAGCAAAGAACUUAAGAUCAACAAGUCGCAAAGCAAUGUGAAGAACACAUCCUGGUCGAAACUGGCAGCUUUUAAAUCAAACUGGGCCGAAGAAAAAUGCCGUGUAGAGCUUGAAUUGUUAAAAAAGGAGCAUGCAACGCGGACAAAGAUGUAGGAGCAGCAGAUAGAGCAGUCUGCAGCGGAACAUAAAAUGCGUAUGAGAAUUAUGGAAGAGCAAUUUCAGUAACUUCAAUGGCUCAAUCCUCAAAUGGAAAA